UCUGGAUUGGCCCACAAGGUUUAGGAUCUGUCUCGGAAUAGCAAGAGGUCUAGCUUUUCUACAUGAGGAAUCAAGCCUAAAAAUUGUACAUCGGGACAUCAAAGCUACCAAUGUGCUUCUGGAUGGACAGCUCAAUCCCAAAAUCUCCGACUUUGGACUAGCUAGACUCACUGAAGAUGAGAAGACCCAUAUUAGUACUCGAGUUGCUGGAACAAUGUAAGAGGAUACAUGGCACCAGAAUAUGCACUCUGGGGUUAUUUGACUGACAAGGCAGAUGUUUACAGCUUUGGAGUUGUACUUUUGGAAACUGUCAGUGGAAAGAACAACAAUAACUACAUGCCGAGCCACACUAGCAUUUGUCUCUUAGAUUGGGCCUGUCAUUUGCAUCUGAGUGGGAGUAUAGAGGAGCUCAUAGAUCAGAGAUUGGGGUCUGAUAUUAAUAAACAAGAAGUGGAAAAAAUAGUAAAAGUGGCACUCUUGUGCACUAGUGCCACUCCCUCACUCAGGCCUAUCAUGUCCGAGGUAGUGUCUAUGCUUGAAGGACGAAUCGCUAUUCCAGAUGAAAUUCCAGAGGCAAGUACUUAUUCCAAUGAUCUGAGGUUUAAAGCCAUGAAAGAUUUUCAUCAAGAGAGGCAAAAUCAGAAGCUAAUUCAAACCCAAACUCAAAACACCAUAACUAUUCGAACUGACAUGGGCUCUUCUUCUGCAUCUACAACUAAUAUGUUCGAUUAAGUUCAGUUUCAAGAUCAAACAGACACGUAAUGUCACUUCAUCCAUGGUAAGCCUGGCUCAUUCUAACUUCUUGUGUUCUCGAGGGUGCUAGACCACCUCCACGUGUAUUUAUACUUGUAAUUAAGCAAUUUGUUCAAUUUUUUUAUAGCAGGCUUGCUGUCUAAUGUAAAUACAUGUUUCAGUUUUGAGGCAAAGGAUGCAACAUUUUUUUCU